AAUUUUAUGUUAAAACAAUGUGACAGUAAGCGAUACGCAUGAAUCCAUUAACACUUAGCAAUUCGAAAUUCGAAAUUUGAUGACUCGUAUUUUGUGUACACUCUUUCUGGGGUGUGGAUCGGAUUUUGUUAUUCUGACUCUUUUGGUUUAGUAAAAUUCUUUUUUUUUUCACGUUCGUUUUAGACACAAGUAGCAAGGCAGGGAUUGUUAUUCGGAUUUUUUUUUGUAGGAAUUUUUGAUGGGCGGACAAAGGAUUUUGAAAAAGAAAAUCUUCUGAGGAUUUUCUGUAAUGUUUCUGCUAGAUUUCCAUCGUCUCUGAAAGAUUUUUUUUUUAAAGUCCCAAGGAUUUCUUAUGGAUGUGGGUUCGAACUCGAUGCAGAGUGUUUUCCGGAGGAGUGAAAAUUUGUAAUGAGAACUGAGAACGCACUCGAACAAAAAUAGACAAUUUUCCUGACGUCACACUAAGCGUUUGUUUCUCACUCCUAUUUCACAUUUUUAGUUUUCCAGAAAACACUCUACAUCGAGUUCGGACCCCAUUUCCAAAACUCGCACACACAGUUCGCUCCUGUUUUCAAAUUAAGAAAUCGAGAUUCAUUUUUUACUAAAUAAACGUAUCUGCUGCAAACAACACCCACAAAAUGAGGGAAAGUCAGCAGCAAACUGGUCCAAUUGGUCAAACUGGUCCAAUUGGUCAAACUGUUCCAAUUGGUCAAACUGGUCCAAUUGGUCAAACUGGUCCAAUUGGUCAAACUGGUCCAAUUGGUCAAACUGGUCCAAUUGGUCAAACUGGUCCAAUUGGUCAAACUGGUCCAAUUGGUCAAACUGGUCCAAUUGGUCAAACUGGUCCAAUUGGUCAAACUGGUCCAAUUGGUCAAACUGGUCCAAUUGGUCAAACUGGUCCAAUUGGUCAAACUGGUCCAAUUGGUCAAACUGGUCCAAUUGGUCAAACUGGUCCAAUUGGUCAAACUGGUCCAAUUGGUCAAACUGGUCCAAUUGGUCAAACUGGUCCAAUUGGUCAAACUGGUCCAACCGAAUCUAUUUUCUGUUGAAAACUAACACAAUCGUGGUCCUUACUGCGGUCCUAUAUUUGAAAAAUUAUUCUGCUGGAGAGAUUUCAGUCAAAUAACCCUUAAAGGGUAAAUGUGACGCAAGUCCUUCGUCUUAUUUACAAAACACGUACGCAAAAGUUUUAUAAACAAAAAUUUGAACCAAAAAAUUUGUGAAAGAAAAUUUUACAAAACGAAUUCGCCCAAGAGGUGGCAGAUAUCAUCAAAAGUAAACUAAAAUACAGUAUUUGUAAACGCCCAAAUGUAUGCUUUACAGCAAA